UUGUUUUUUCAACUGUUGGGCUCUGUAGUGUGGGGGGAUUUUCCACCGUCGUCCUCGUAGAUGAUAACUUUUGGCACACUAGGCCAGGUUUCGGGAGUGGGAAGGAACAAACCUAGCGGAUUCGGCUCGUUACCGCACUCGGUUUGAAGAGGAAAAUUACCCUGAUUAAUUGAGUUGGCGAAAUUUCGUUCCCGAACACCGAGGAUUAAUUAACGAGUUUGGAGUGAAGUGAAAACGUGAAGAAGAAUGCGAAGCCACGUGGAGUCAGUUCAGUUGUGCGUAGGCUUCUUCGCUCCGACCGAGUUUGUCCCGAUGAUCAAAGAAAUCAAGUUGGCGCUAGGGGAUUCCUCGGAGAAUUACGCCGGAACCUUCCGGGUGAUGGGGGUUUGAAGUGCCGUAUCGAGCAAGGAGCUCAAGUGGAAAGCUAAAGUUGAUAAUAUCCGAGUUGAAAGUGUGAUUUCUUUUCCCUAGAAGCUAGGAAAGGAAGAAAAGUGUCAGUGAAUCGGAAAGGCCACAGUCAAUUUUCCGUAACCGGCAGAUGAGGUCAAAUGAUGGAAAGGCCGAUCGUUUUGGUUCAAAGGCAAAAAGUGAUGUGUCACGUGUUUUAAAAGUGAAGCUUAUAGCAGAAAUAUCCACCUAAGCAGUAUUGGAGCUAUUAUCCGAAGAAAAAAUUGUUGAAUCGUUGAAGGAGAUUACAAACGCAUAGAUUCGUUUCCCAGAUGCGAAAUGAUGGAAAACUUUUCUGACAUUGCGGCAAAGCCGCGGCCAACCGUGGACCUGCUGCAGGAUACGCCGGCCAAGGCCAGUAGUCCGACGGCUAAGCCCAGCAAUCGUAGAAGUCCUUCGCGAAAAAGCCAGCCGCAUCAGAACGGAAAGCGAAAAGGCAGCGGAAGUCGGCUGGAAGUUGGAAAACCCGACUCUGAAUUAGCAGCUUCCGGCAGCACUUCUGCCAGCUCCUUCAUCAGCUAUCUGUUCUAUUUGCUGUGCAUCACCUCGCUCGGGGCCACCAUCUAUGGUAACAUUCGCCAGACCCAGCUCGAGGGUCGACUAGUUAGUUUAGUUAACAUUGAGGAGCGACUCAGCCUGCUGGAGAGUCAGCUCAACGACGUCAAGCAAUACGGAAAGGUCCGUCGGGUGGUUCUUUUCGGUGCCAAUGUUGGUGACGGGGAACCAGAAGAACCAACCAACGAAGUCGUGGAUCACUCGGAGCAGAGCAUUUCGGAUGUAGUUCGGAAGAUUUCGGCCCAGAUCGCCGAGCUGCCUCGAAUACGUCGGGAUGUUUCGGCGCUGAAACUUUCCCGUACGACCCGGCAGGCUCCGGCCGAUGGCGAAUGCAACUGCCCACCAGGUCCUCCAGGUCCACCAGGGCCCGUCGGCAAAAGAGGCAAACGUGGCAAAAAAGGAGAUCCAGGUGAACCAGGGGCCGAGGGUCCAACUGGUCCACCUGGCAAAAAUGGCCUUCCGGGCCUGAAAGGAGUCAAGGGAGACCGAGGCUCGAUGGUAAGCAGUGACUUUUUUUAUCUUCCUUUUUGAAUCAAGCCAAGAGAUAUUUUCUUAAGUAAUGUUCAUUGAGUUACAGUGA